CAGCCUGGAGGUGUAUGGUUGGAUCCCUGAAAGCGAACCUCAGAAAGACGCAAUUUGUAGGAAAGUUUGAGGGAAUUUCGGUCGAGGUGUAAAGGUCGGAGAGAAUCUCCGGUCCGAGAAAUGAUAACCCGUUCUAAACUGGUGGAACAACUCAGAGACUAUCAGAUCCGAUCGCAGCACAAGUGCUCCGCUCUCGCUAUCUUCUCUCCCAAACCCCAUAUCACUUCCCGGGCUGAUGUUGCUGUGGCUAUCUUGUGGGCCUUACUCUUUAGUGUGCUUCUUGUAUCAUCCUGUAUGACCUUUUACUUCAGAUAUUUCCGUCUUUCUUCCAUCACCGUCUGCCUUGUUAUUCUUCUUCUUAUUCGACUAAGAGCUUCUAAGAAGGCAUUUGCAAGGAAGAAAGAAAGAAGAUUGUUGUUACCUUUGUCCAUGUGAACAUCUAUAGCCAGUGGUGUAAAGGUAGCACAAUAGCUUGGUCAAUUUGUUCUGUUGCUCACUUCUAAGUUCUGAUACAUGUGGAUUUUAUUUAAACUUUAUAUGCUUGGAGUACUGAUCUUGAUCAACAAGAAUUCUCACCAUCCUCCUGAAAUAGAUGGUAUGGUCCCUAUUCCUCCCUCAUAGCCAUACACGAUAGCCAUGAGAAUUUUCUGGACAAUCUCUUUUAUGUGUAAAUAGGUCACAGUUGAAUGAGGUUAGAGGUUUGCUAAUUCAUAAAUUUCCCAUUGGCUUGUACAUUUUAUUCAGUCCAAGGAAUUGUAUAUUGAAGUAUGCUUUAGAUUAAGUUAGUAGAUGCUUGCCAUUUCA